AUGAAGAGUGAAGCCAUGGCUACAUCCGCAUCAAAUACCGUUACAGACUCAGUCAGCUCUUCUAUUCCUUUUGUCACAGAAGAAACACAUGAGACUGAUAAUAUCGCAGACAUGGAUCGUUUUCUUGAACGCGCGAAAACUGAUUUAAUGUAUGAGCUAAGAAACAUAGAGCAUGGGAGAAGACCAGUUACAGGCCAGAGCAAUCGUGAACGCCUCCAACAGUUUAUGGAGAAACAUGGGGUGGGGGUUAAGGAUUUUUCAACGACAUCAGGGGAAUCAUCAGGGAAGGAGAUGAACAUCCCUGCCAAUGUUGACAGUGUGGAGAAACAUCGACCCGAGGCAGUUGUCGUUGAGGUGCAGGCUGUUGUGGAAUUGCGACCAGUGUCGUCAGCACUUCAGUCAGCAGCUUUUAGACGACAUCUGGAGAACAUCAUCCGUGGAAGUUUGACAAGUCAGCCACCAGUGAAUAUUACUGCAGGAUAUAACCGCGGUUUUCCUCGUGCAGUGGCUUCUUCUGGAACAUCUAGCAUCCCUGAUGGCACACAGACACCAGAGAUUAGACCUCAGCUUAUGAGACAAAUCAGUACUGAGUCUAAUGACAGCUUUUCAAGUGCCAGAAGCUCCUAUGAACAAGUAGAAGAGAUAAACUUUUCAUCAGAACGAGCUGCAGAUACAGCAUUGCCAGGAUCUGAAGGAAUUCCAAGAACAGUUAACCCCCAGAGACAAGAAAGAGCAGUCAUUGAACAACAGGAUCCUUCAAACCAAAACAUUACAUGGAAUGACAUUACAAGUCUCCAGCGGGAGCAGAUUGUUGAAGAGAUAAGUGAACUGCUGCACUCUCAGCUUGUCACAUCAACACUGGGAGGAGAGUUCAGGACAGCAUUAGAAAUGAUUGCCCAGAAUCACAUAUCAUCUUCGGGUACCAAUGGCAGAGCAGUGCAAGAUUUCAUUAAUUCUCUACCUCGUACUGGCGUACAGCGUAAUGACUUCAGUCAGCUGGGUAUUCCACAGGCACAGCAAAAUGAUAAUUGGGACAACAUUUCUGUAACAAGUGUCAGUGCUCAUUCGGUCCCAUAUGCACAGUCCAACUCAUACCUAGCAAGGGAAAUUCAUAGUCUCCGAUCACAGAUGAACGAAAUGAAAAACAUGCUGAGGCUGACAUUUGACCUUCAGGUGGACAUACAAAGAGCCAUUAGGCAAGAAGUGGCUGCUGCUAUUAAUAAUGUUCCUGGUGCUACUGGUGUUUCACCCUCUAUGCCAGGAUCAGUUCAACCUGUCGAGGACUCUCAUUGUCUCAUCUGCUUGGAGAGACAUACAGACACCGUUUUAUAUCAGUGUGGACAUAUGUGUGUCUGUUUUGCCUGUGGACGAGAUCUAGUGUCCCGUGGUCAUAGAUGUCCAGUCUGCAGAGCACCAAUCAAAGAUGUGAUUCGCACUUACAGAACAAAUGCUGACUAG